AAUAUGUUGGGUAUAGAGACAAUUGUUUUAAUCAUCUGCGCAAUACAAGAGGCAUAUGCUGUGACGUGUAGUGAACCGCAACUAUCUAUGUGUGACUGCGUAGGAACAAGGAUUGAUUGUAGUAACAGAGGUUUGGAUAUUAUACCCGGUAAUAUACCUUCAAAUACUACAUCAUUGGGCAUGAGAGACAAUCCCUUGAAAUGCUGUACAAUGAUAGAUUUAUUUGAAUGGGUAUCUAAUCAAACAGACGAAUUCACACUGGGUGGAACGUGUUUUGAUUUUAACACAACGACAGAAUUUAUAGAUCAGUUCAACUCAUCAAAAUGUCCAGUUGAUGGCCAAUGGGGAUCUUGGUCAAACCCAACCAGUUCCGUCACGUGCGGAAAUGGUAUAGGAAGUAGAAAUCGUACAUGUGACAGUCCUGAGCCGUCUGAAGAUGGGAAGGAUUGUGUUGGACCUCGUAUGGAGACAUCAUUGUGUAACUUAGAGGAUUGCCCAGGAAAAUGCAAAAACCAGGCAAAAAAUCAGGCAAGAAAUCAGGCAAAAAAUCAGGAUGGAGAAAAACGAAAGCAUUGAAUUAGGGAGAGUGGUGCUCAAAGGAAUUAAUGAUCACCAAAAUGGAAUGGAAAUUUAAAAAAAAAAAUGUGUGGGUUUGUUUCUUAAAUAUAUUGAGUGGGUUGAUUUGUUUUAAUUAUUUUAUAACAUGUAUGGGUUAUGUAUCAUAUUGUAACAACAUCCUAGGGGAAAAUGAAAUAAAUAAUGGAUUUGUUGUAAAAUAUGUAUGUUCAGAGGGACAUUUUUUUUACAUCAAAUUUUAUUUACAUGUGCCAUGUAAUACGUUUUGAGAUGCAAGAAGUUUUGUUCAAUGCAUAUAUAUUCCGCAGGACGUUUUUACUUCAAACUUGAACUAUCUUUAAUAUGUAUUACACAUGUAUUGUAUAUUAGAUUUUAACGUGAAACUGCAGAAUAUACAAAUGUGAUUUUGUUUCCAAUAUAAAUGUUCAGAUGAAUGUUUCUAUUGUAUUUAUUUGUUAAGUCUCUCUUCUUGGUUUUUAUAUGUUUUAACAAAAAAGUUUUGAAAAUGCAAUUAAAUUGAUUUGAAAUAAAUAUGUUGUUCAGAGGGAUGUUUUCUACAAAUACUGUUUUAAUAUGUAUUAUAUAUGUUUUAAUGAAUAUGUGGAAAUGGAAUAAUAAUGGAGUUGUUUUGAAUACUGGCUCAGCAUUUCAAUGGGAUAUAUUUUAUUUUACAUUAUUAAAUUUGCUUACUGUGUAAUGUGUUUUUACACGAAGCUGUGGAAAAUGCAACAAAGAUUUGUGGUUCUUACAUAUAUAUUCAGAGAGAUUUUUCUUCAUUUUUUCGAUUUUUCUUUUCUUUAACUGUGUUAAAUAUAACGUUUUAAAUUGAAGCUGUUGGAAACAACAAUAAAGUUGGUUUCGUCAUAGAAUCUUCAGAGCGAUGCUCUUUUUUUAUAUUUAAGAUCAUCUUCCAUGCAUGUGGUUUUAUAUUUAGAAGAACGUUUUGGUCAAUGUGUUAACAACAAAGUGGUUUAAAAAUAUAUACAAAACACA